CGCUGCCGCCCCCACCAUCCAGCCCGCUGCCGCCCCCGCCCUCCAGCCCGCUGCCGCCCCCGCCGUCCAGCCCGCUGCCGCCGCCGCCCUCCAGCCCGCUGCCGCCCCCACCCUCCUACCCGCUGCCGCCCCCACCAUCCAGCCCGCUGCCGCCCCCGCCCUCCAGCCCGCUGCCACCCCCACCUUCCAGCCCGCUGCCGCCCCCACCAUCCAGCCCACUGCCGCCCCCGCCCUCCAGCCCACUGCCACCCCCACCCUCCUACCCGCUUCCGCCCCCGCCGUCCAGCCCGCUGCCGCCCCCACCGUCCAGCCCGCUGCCGCCUCCACCCUCCAGCCCGCUGCCAUCCCCGCCGUCCAGCCCGCUGCCGCCCCCGCCCUCCAGCCCGCUGCCGCCCCCACCCUCCUACCCGCUGCCGCCUCCACCCUCCAGCCCGCUGCCAUCCCCGCCGUCCAGCCCGCUGCCGCCCCCGCCCUCCAGCCCGCUGCCGCCCCCACCCUCCUACCCGCUGCCGCCCCCACCGUCCAGCCCGCUGCCGCCCCCACCCUCCAGCCCGCUGCCGCCCCCACCCUCCAGCCCGCUGCCGCCCCCACCCUCCUACCCGCUGCCGCCCCCACCAUCCAGCCCGCUGCCGCCCCCACCCUCCAGCCCGCUGCCGCCCCCACCAUCCAGCCCGCUGCCGCCUCCACCCUCCAGCCCGCUGCCGCCCCCGCCGUCCAGCCCACUGCCACCCCCGCCCUCCUACCCGCUGCCGCCCCCACCAUCCAGCCCGCUGCCGCCCCCACCCUCCAGCCCGCUGCCGCCCCCACCAUCCAGCCCGCUGCCGCCUCCACCCUCCUACCCGCUGCCGCCCCCGCCCUCCAGCCCGCUGCCGCCCCCGCCGUCCAGCCCGCUGCCGCCCCCGCCCUCCAGCCCACUGCCGCCCCCACCCUCCAGCCCGCUGCCGCCCCCACCCUCCUACCCGCUUCCGCCCCCUCCAUCCAGCCAGCUGCCGCUUCCAUCCUCCAGCCCGCUGCCACCCCCACCCUCCUACCCGCUUCCGCCCCCGCCGUCCAGCCCGCUGCCGCCCCCACCCUCCAGCCCGCUGCCGCCCCCACCCUCCUACCCGCUUCCGCCCCCGCCGUCCAGCCCGCUGCCUCCCCCACCCUCCAGCCCGCUGCCACCCCCACCCUCCUACCCGCUUCCGCCCCCGCCGUCCAGCCCGCUGCCUCCCCCACCCUCCAGCCCGCUGUCGCCCCCGCCCUCCUACCCGCCGCCGCCCCCGCCCUCCAGCCCGCUGCCGCCCCCGCCCUCCAGCCCGCUGCCACCACCGCCUUCCAGCCCCCUGCCGCCCCCACCGUCCAGCCCGCUGCCGCCCCCGCCGUCCAGCCCGCUGCCACCCCCACCGUCCAGCCCGCUGCCGCCCCCACCCUCCAGCCCGCUGUCGCCCCCACCCUCCUACCCGCUUCCGCCCCCACCCUCCAGCCCGCUGCCGCCCCCGCCGUCCAGCCCGCUGCCGCCCCCACUCUCCAGCCCACUUCCACCCCCACCCUCCAGCCCGCUGUCGCCCCCGCCCUCCUACCCGCUGCCACCACCGCCUUUCAGCCCGCUGCCGCACCCACCGUCCAGCCCGCUGCCGCACCCACCGUCCAGCCCGCUGCCGCACCCACUGUCCAGCCCGCUGCCGCCUCCACCCUCCAGCCCGCUGCCGCCUCCACCCUCCUACCUGCUUCCGCCCCCACCCUCCUACCCGCUGCCGCCCCCACCGUCCAGACCGCUGCCGCCCCCGCCGUCCAGCCCGCUGCCGCCCCCACCCUCCAGCCCGCUGCCGCCCCCACCCUCCUACCCGCUUCCGCCCCCACCCUCCAGC